AUGGAUCUCGCGCGCCAAUUCGAAGAGUCCCUCUCCGGGGAGGUCAUCAAAUGCAUUGACAUGCACACCACCGGAGAGCCCACCCGCAUCAUCUAUUCUGGGUUCCCCGCACUCCAGGGCACUCUCCUCGAACAACGAGACCAAGCAAAGAGCCAAUAUGACCACAUCCGAAAGCGCAUCAUGCUGGAACCGCGCGGUCACUUCGACAUGUACGGUGCGAUCAUCAUCCCCCAGACGGAGCUUGUCCAAUCAGGUGAAGCGCACAUCGGAGUUCUCUUUACGCAUAAUGGCGGUUUCUCGACGAUGUGCGGGCACGCAACAAUUGCCCUCGGUCGCUUCUUGGUUGACACCCAUGACCUGGCGACUUUCCCACAGCGAAACGAACUGAAGCCCGACUUGGCCGUCCGGGAGGUCGAUGUAAAUAUACACGCACCAUGCGGACUGGUUCGAGUGGUGGUUCCUACCUCUGCCGAUGGCCAGAAGUCGGAUCCCUCCCGUUCGGUUCGUUUCCGGUCUACGCCAGCAUAUUGUGCUGCGACAGAUUUGGAGAUCCCCAUCCCGCGGGAGCUAGCUUGGCCAGAGCUCGGUGAUCGGACGUCGCUUCGUCUCGAUGUAUCGUACGGGGGUGCAUUCUACGCCCUUGUUGAUAUCCGCGAGCUCGGAUUCCAGACUGGGCUGCACAAUUUCAGCCUUGAAGCUGUGUCUGUUGCUGUGAAGAGGCUGAAGAGACACUUGGUCACUCUCCCGAAUGUCGUUGAGGCUCUGCAACACCCAGAGGACUCUAGACUCUCUUUCCUCUACUCGGUUAUGGUUGUCGAUCGCGAGAUCGGCUCAAAGACAGAUGGUGUUGAUGGAGCAGAGACUGGUCUUUGCUUUUUCGCGGAGGACUCGAUUGAUCGAUCUCCCACUGGUUCCUGUGUCGCUGCUCGUGUGGCUCUGGCGCAUGCCAAGGGAGCUCGCAAGCAGGGUCAGAAGUGGGCAUAUAAUUCCAUUGUUACCAAUCACUUUGAUACCGGGGCCUUUGUUGCAUCCCUCGUUGAUGAGAAUGUGAAGAUUGAAGGACCAAAUACCAAAGAAGGUAGAAAUGGAGUCACCAUCCUUGUCGAGGGAAAGGCUUACUACACUGGAACGGCGACUUUUGUUGUUGAGCAAGGCGAUGUCACUAGCGAGAGUGGAUUCACAUUGAAUGCUUCAUCAUAUCCACGAAUCGCCCCCAAUACCGAAGUUGAUAUCCCAGUCACUACCACUGAGCACGUCGAGUUGUUGAGCGAGACUCAGAAUUUGGGUAUGGUUCACUGUCAUAUCCUCCGUAGUCCCGACCCAGUCGCCCGUUGA